GCUAUCUCGUUGCUAUAGUGACUUAAAAUACAAACAAUUAGUAUUAAGUGUUUAGAAUCUGUGUGUCGAAUGAGGUGUAUGUUUGAAUAGUGUAAAAUCGAUGCGCUUUGGCAAUAUGUACGGUCCAAAGGAGCAGCUCAUAGAGAUGCAACAACUCCCGCUCAAUAAAACAAAAUCAACUGAUAUGCAAAUCAGAAACAAAAUCUAUUCAUCUAGUCACGCAUCACCUUCCAACACUUUUGAAAAAGAUUUAUCGACAGUAUUUUCGGAUAAAAGUUCCAUCAGAAAAGGUCAUUUCCGAGAAGACGCGGAAACGAUUUCUGAGAUAUCCGACGCAAUAUUUACAACUGAAAGAUCAGGAGACGUCAGCAUAUCUGAGAAUUUUGUGCAGUCUUACCGAGACAAAAUUCUUCAAAGAUUUAAUGCCGUCAAAGAACAGGCCAAAAUGUCCCAAAAAAUACAAAAUAUCUCGAGGAGAGAUGCUCGUAAGCGUUCCAUCGAGAACAUUAUACAUGAAGUUAGUAAAAUUGGUGCCAAUAUGAAAUCGGCUAGGAGCAAAACGAACCAAACCAAAAAUGAUUCAAAUAAGGAGUUUGCAUUUUUUCAUUUUAGGAAUAACAACGGUAGUGCUAGUAAAGAUAUUCAACAGGAAGAAGAUCUAAGGAAUACCUUUGACAAUAAAGAGCCUAUGAUUGAAUAUAUAAUGCCGGAUCUGUUGGACUUUAACAUACGGAUUUCAGAGAGAGAGUGUUACUUCUUCCCUGGGAAUAGUCGAGGCGACAGUACUGCUACAGUGAACGAGAUGCCAAGAAUAUUGGAAGGAGAGGGUUUGUGUAUUAAUUUGAAAAAUCCACUACCAAUGGAUCAGCUUAAUAAGUUGGAAGAACGACUAAUUUUUGUUGAUGAUAGAACGUGGUUUAGUCAUGAAGGGAUUUUGGAUAUUGUCCCCAAUCCAACGAUUAAUGAAUGCUUAAAACCAGAAAUCCAAGUUAAAAUUGAUGAUGGAAUAAUAUUAAGAGCUCCUACAAUAGAAAAUGAUCUAGAAAAGAUAAUUAUAAUAAAGGAGAAUAUAUUAAAAUUGUCGCUAUUUUCUUUAAAAUUUUCUUAUCAUCCUCUCUUUAGCGCUGAGCAUGUAUUAGAAGACCAGCUAAGAUCGGCCUAUCAAACAUAUACAAGUUUUCUAGAAAAUAACACUUUGCAAAAACUUAGGAAUCAGUUACAGGUAUUAAAACAUACGAGAAAAUUCGAGGAUAAGAUAGUUGAAAAUAAUCAAGCAUUGAACGAAAUCAUAAUUUUAACAGAUAAAAUUUUUAAAGAGGGUAAGCGGCAAAGACAGUAUUUAAAAACGACUUUAGAAUUGUGGAAGACAAUCAAAAAACUUAGACAAAAGCAAAAUUAUUGUAAUACGCGUGUCAAAUUGCUUAUUUUUAUCGAGAAAGUUGAUGCGAAUUUGGAAAAAGAAAAUCGGGCUAAAAUGUUAAUGGAAAUGCUGGAUGAUAUUUUAAAAAAUGAAGAAGAACUAUUUAAGAGGAAGUUGAAAGAGUACAGCAAGAAAAUUGAAUGUGGCAUUUCGAGAGCGAACGAAGGUUUGGAAAAUACACCGUCAAAGCCAGUGUACGAUAUCGACACUGACAAAAUUAAAUAUGAACUACAAAAGAAAUUUGAAGAAAGUUUUAAGCCAACGGGUGAACCUAAUUUAACAUUGAUGUUAACAGAUGAAAAUGAAAUAACCAACGACGUUGUGGAUAAACAAGAAAUUUCAAGAAGAAAAGCGGUCACAUACACAAAAAUUUUAUUCAAAUUGAGUUGCAACAAAGUCCCCGUGGCCAAAUCAAAGAUUCUAAGGUUGAAUGACGAUUUCUUGUUGAACAUUAAUGAAGAAUUUUAUAUUCAGUUAACUGAUAUCCCAGACCACAUUAAUCUGGAUAUUGUAGAAUAUUCGAAAGGUAUAAUGAAAAGAAAAUUAUGCGAAUUGGAAAUACCUUUGCCACCUCAAGGCAUUUCGGAGAAGAAAGAAUCAACGCGCAAAUUAACAUUCGAAAAUGAUGAAUUCGCCCGCGAUAAACAGGGAGUCGGUAGUGCUUUGAAUUUGAAAAAUUUGUUUGAGGAAAAUAAACUUUUUCUAAAGACGAACAGCGUUGAAAAUAUGACCGUUUCUGGAUAUUUAAGUUACAAUGUAUCUUGGCGGAAUUCUAAAAGUCAACAUAACAACGAAUUAUAUAAUGCGCAAGCGGUUUCUGUUUUGGACAAGUUGGGAGCCAUAAAUCAGUCGUUAUUAACUGAAUGGAUAAAAUUUAAGGAGUUGGAUCCCCAACAUCCUAAAAACUCUGCUAUAUUCGAUUAUCUUGAAUCGAUAUACCAACGGGCAUUCCUGCCAAAUGAAGUUGAAGACACCUUUAAUUAUUUUAGUGUGCGGGAAGCAUCACUUUACCACGUGACUUUCUUGUCCCAUGGAUCCGAACCCCUUCGGACAUCUCCGGGAUAUUACCGCACGGAUGUUAUCAAUAAAAUGCUUAGAUUCACUGUUAAGUGUGGUAAGCAAAACAACACGAAUACUGAUACUGAUACUGAUACUGGGUAAUAUCUCCGCAAACAUCCGAUUGGUUCCAAAUCCAUCCCUGAAAGUGGUUCGCAGGCGUAGGUAUCGAAACUGACUUCGUAAAAUGACUCUUUCCGUAUGCUCAAUCUGUGUUUAAUUCGAUAUUUUAAUGAAGGGAGCUGAAAAAAAAAUUUCUUGACAAUAGACUUAGGUGUUUUACAUAAAGUUGCUUUUGCAUUGUAAGUGUAUUUACAAUAAAGAUUAACC